CUUUCUACCAAGUUUUAAAAAAAUACGGGUUUUUGUGAGCUUUCCAUCAUAUUUUGAAUACUUUGGGUCUGGAUUGUUUAUAAAUGAAAACAACAUAGACGAUACGAUAAAACUCAAGUCACCAUACAUACUUUUCAUCACAUAUUUUUUAACCUUUAAGGAGUUAAGUUCCUAGAUUACUGCAAGCAGCGCUUGUUGUAGCUCACACGCUAUCUUGCCAUCGCAUUGCAUGUAGCUAGCUGGAUGCUAGCAUUUACACAACAUGGGAAAGUAAAGAAACAGCGUGCUGGUUACAAGCAUAGACUGGUCCGCUGUAAUGAGGACAAAACUGUAGUUUAAUUAUUCGUGCCGUUAUUUGUUUAGGAUAAGCUGCCAAAAUGGUGAAGGAUCAGUUUAGAGAGACGGAUGUGGCCAAGAAAAUAAGCCACAUCUGCUUUGGGAUGAAAUCUGCUGAACAGAUGCGUCAGCAGGCCCACAUCCAGGUGGUCAGCAAGAAUCUGUACAGCCAAGACACCAAACGCACUCCACUAGCCUAUGGAGUGUUGGACCACCGCAUGGGCACCAGUGAGAAAGACAGACCGUGUUUGACAUGUGGGAAGAAUCUGGCAGAUUGCUUGGGACAUUAUGGCUACUUGGAUCUGGAGCUGCCAUGUUUCCAUGUUGGCUAUUUUAAAGCCACCAUAGGAAUCUUACAGAUGAUUUGUAAGACAUGCUCAAGCAUAAUGCUGACGAAAGAAGAGAAACUGCAGUUCAUGGAUUUAUUGAAAAGGCCCAACCUGGCCUAUCUCCAGAAGCGAGGGUUGAAGAAGAAGAUCUCUGAUAAGUGUCGCAAACGGACAAUCUGCCUGAGUUGUUCAGCUUUCAAUGGACCAGUAAAGAAGUGUGGCCUGCUGAAGAUCAUCCAUGAGAAGUAUAAAACGACCAAGAAGGUGGUGGAUGCUUUUGUGUCAGAGUUUCUGCAGUCCUUUGAUACUGCGAUAGAGCACAACAAAGUGGUGGAACCUUUGCUGACCAGAGCACAGGAAAACCUGAACCCUCUGGUGGUGCUGAACAUGUUCAAGAGGAUUACCCAAGAAGACAUUCCCUUGCUGCUGAUGAACCCCGAGGCAGGGAAACCCGCGGACCUCAUUCUCACCCGCCUCCUGGUGCCUCCGCUCUGCAUACGACCCUCUGUGGUCAGCGACCUGAAGUCGGGCACCAACGAGGAUGACCUCACCAUGAAGCUCACGGAGAUAAUCUUCCUCAACGAUGUCAUCAAAAAGCAUCGUAUGACAGGGGCGAAGACACAGAUGAUCAUGGAGGACUGGGACUUCCUCCAGCUGCAGUGUGCUCUUUACAUCAACAGCGAGCUUUCUGGCAUCCCCCUCAACAUGGCACCUAAGAAAUGGACCAGAGGCUUUGUGCAGAGACUCAAGGGGAAGCAAGGUCGAUUCAGAGGAAACCUCUCGGGAAAAAGAGUAGACUUCUCUGGCAGAACUGUGAUUUCCCCCGACCCAAACCUGAGGAUCGACGAGGUGGCCGUCCCCGUGCAUGUUGCCAAAAUCCUGACGUACCCAGAGAAGGUGAACAAAGCCAAUCUGGAGCUAUUGAGGAAACUGGUCCGCAACGGUCCUGAGGUUCAUCCCGGAGCCAACUUCAUCCAGAAUCGUCACACGCAGAUGAAAAGGUUUCUGAAAUAUGGAAACCGUGAGAAGAUUGCUCAAGAGCUGAGGUUUGGUGAUACGGUGGAAAGGCACCUGAUAGACGGAGACAUCGUCCUCUUCAAUCGACAGCCCUCCCUGCACAAACUCAGCAUCAUGGCCCACAUCGCCAAAGUCAAACCUCACAGGACGUUUCGGUUCAACGAGUGUGUGUGCACCCCAUACAAUGCCGACUUUGACGGCGAUGAAAUGAACCUUCAUCUACCUCAGACUGAAGAAGCCAAAGCUGAGGCCCUCGUCCUCAUGGGGACAAAGGCGAAUUUUGUCACUCCAAGAAAUGGCGAACCUCUGAUUGCUGCCAUUCAGGACUUUCUGACAGGGGCUUACCUCUUGACUCUGAAGGACACCUUCUUUGAAAGAUCAAAAGCAUGUCAGAUAAUCGCUUCAAUCCUUGUGGACCAAGAUGAAAAAAUCAAGAUCUCUCUCCCCCGCCCGGCUAUCAUGAAGCCCAUGACUCUGUGGACGGGCAAACAGAUCUUCAGCCUCAUUCUGAAGCCAAGCAAGGAUUGUCUAGUCAAGGCGAACCUGCGGACCAGGGGCAAACAGUACUGUGGCAAGGGAGAGGAUCUCUGUACCAACGACUCAUUCGUGGUGAUCCACAACAGUGAGCUGAUGUGUGGUUCUUUGGACAAGGGUACCUUGGGGUCCGGCUCCAAGAACAACAUCUUCUACAUCCUGCUGAGAGACUGGGGACAGCUGGAGGCGGCUAACGCAAUGUCUCGCCUGGCUAGACUCGCUCCGGUGUAUCUAUCCAACCGUGGCUUUUCUAUUGGCAUUGGUGACGUGACACCUGGCCAUGGUCUGCUGACGGCCAAACAGCAACUACUGGAUGACGGUUACCAGAAAUGUGACGAAUACAUCAAAGCUCUACACACGGGCAAGUUGCAGCAGCAGCCGGGAUGCACAGCAGAGGAGACUCUGGAGGCUCUCAUCUUGAAAGAGCUGUCUGUCAUCAGAGAUCGAGCCGGUAGUGCCUGCCUCAGGGAGCUCGAUAAGAGCAACAGCCCUCUCAUCAUGGCUCUUUGCGGCUCCAAAGGGUCUUUCAUCAAUAUCUCCCAGAUGAUUGCCUGUGUGGGCCAGCAGGCCAUAAGUGGCUCUCGAGUACCGGAUGGGUUUGAGAAUCGCUCCCUGCCUCACUUUGAAAAGCAUUCAAAACUGCCUGCUGCCAAAGGCUUUGUGGCCGACAGCUUCUACUCCGGCCUGACACCCACUGAGUUCUUCUUCCACACCAUGGCUGGAAGGGAGGGUCUGGUGGACACUGCUGUGAAAACUGCAGAGACCGGAUACAUGCAGAGGCGUCUGGUUAAGUCCCUGGAAGAUCUGUGCUCACAGUACGACUUGACGGUACGCAGCUCCACCGGCGACAUCAUCCAGUUUAUUUAUGGCGGAGAUGGUCUGGAUCCAGCUGCCAUGGAGGGAAAGGACGAGCCGCUGGAGUUUAAGAGAGUCCUAGACAACAUCCGGGCGAUCUAUGUGUGUACGGACGAGCCUGCGCUCAGUCAGAACGAGCUGGUCCUCACCGCUGAUGUCAUCACGAAGACAGCUGACUUCUUGUGCUGCAAAGGCGGCUUCUUGGAGGAGAUAAAGAAAUUUGUCAAGAUUAUCUCAGAAAGGAUCAAGAAGACCAGAGACAAGUACGGAAUCAACGACAACGGCACCAGCGAGCCAAAAGUUCUCUAUCAGCUGGACCGCAUAACCCCCACCCAGCUGGAGAAGUUCCUUGAAACCUGCAGAGACAAGUACAUGAGAGCCCAGAUGGAGCCCGGCUCAGCAGUAGGGGCCCUGUGUGCCCAGAGCAUCGGAGAGCCCGGCACUCAGAUGACCCUGAAAACCUUCCACUUCGCUGGUGUGGCGUCCAUGAACAUCACUCUGGGGGUGCCUCGCAUCAAAGAGAUCAUCAAUGCCUCCAAGAACAUAAGCACCCCUAUAAUCACGGCUCAUUUGGACGUGGAAGAAGACGCCGACUUCGCCAGGCUGGUGAAGGGAAGGAUCGAGAAAACUCUUCUCGGAGAGAUCUCUGAGUACAUAGAGGAGGUUUUUCUACCAGACGAUUGCUUCAUCCUGGUGAAGUUGUCACUGGAGAGAAUACGGCUGCUGCGACUGGAGGUAAACGCAGAAACGGUGCGUUACUCUAUCUGCAUGUCUAAACUCCGAGUGAAACCAGGCGACAUCGCUGUGCACGGCGAGGCGGUGGUGUGCGUGUCUCCACGAGAGAACAACAAAAGCUCCAUGUACUACGUGCUGCAGUCAUUGAAACAGGAACUUCCGAAGGUGGUGGUUCAAGGAAUACCGGAGGUUUCCCGAGCCGUCAUUCACAUUGACGAACAGAGCACCAAGACCAUGUACAAACUCCUGGUGGAGGGGGACAACCUGAGGUCUGUCAUGGCAACUCACGGAGUGAACGGAAGCAGGACCACUUCAAACAACACAUACGAGGUUGAGAAGACUUUGGGUAUCGAGGCGGCUAGAUCCACCAUCAUCAAUGAGAUUCAGUACACCAUGGUGAACCAUGGAAUGAGCAUUGACCGGCGUCACGUCAUGCUUCUAGCAGAUCUCAUGUCCUACAAGGGGGAGAUACUGGGAAUUACCAGGUUCGGCUUAGCCAAAAUGAAGGAGAGUGUCCUCAUGCUGGCCUCCUUCGAGAAAACAGCCGAUCAUCUCUUCGACGCCGCCUACUUUGGACAAAAGGACUCAGUCUGUGGUGUGUCUGAGUGCAUCAUUAUGGGGAUUCCAAUGAAUAUCGGAACGGGACUGUUUAAACUACUACACAAGGCCGAGAAGGAUCCCUCUCCGGUCAGAAGACCUCUCCUCUUCGACAGUGCAGACUUCCAUAUACCUCUGAUCACAUAGCCGCAAGAAAAGAAGCGGAAGAAGUUCAUUUUUUCUUCUUCCUGAGAGCCUGCUGUCUACAGACCUCUUGUGCCUGCCAAAGUGUCAAAUGAUUUCCCUUGUUGGGAUCAAAAACAAAAUAUAGUUUUGAGAGGGCGGGAUGUCGCUGCUGAUGCCACAGACUGUGAGGACACUGCAUUCAUUUUACAAAGCAAGUCUGUUAGCAUUGGGAAGUAGUGGAAUUAUUAUUAUUAUUUCAGUUAACUGUGAGGCGAUUACAGAAAACUUCAGAUGCUUUGGUGUUCUUUUUUCGGGCUUUUUACUUGUUUGAUGAACCGUGUGUUUCCUCUGUUAUUAAGAUGUUACAGAAUCUUAUACUCCCUCAAUGUGAUGGCACUGAACAAGUGUGCAGCGGACGUAAAGAUUACCUCUUAAUCAUGAAGCAGGCUUGAUCUCUUCUGGUUUGGCGCUUGGUUUUGCAUUAUACUAGAACUGCUUGUUUUUAGCUUUGCAGCUUCGAGACUUUUCAUUCACACUGCAAAACCAACUUCAGGUUGUCUUUUCUAAAAAAAAAAACUGUUUUCAUACAAGAAUCGGAUCAGCGGGGGUUCAUUGGGUUAGACAUUUGGCUUCCUGUUCAAAGCCUAUUUAUGUAAUAAUGUAUAUAAUGUAAUAAAAUAUAUGACCCAGGAAAACAUGGCAAAGUGUUUGUGUACAUACUCUUUUUCGACAUACAUUACAAUUACUUUUUCGACAUAUAUUAUGAUUCUUUUGGACAUACUAUUACUUUUUUGGACAUUUUACUAUGACUUUUGUCAACAUACUAC